AUGGCCGAGCCGGUGUCCGAGAUCAUCAUCACCAGCGCGCGGGAGGAGGAGAAGGAGGCGCUCCACGCCCCCGCCGCGCCGCCGUCGGCCUGGGCGCGCACGAAGAAGCGCAUCAGCUGGUUCUUCCGCAUCGACGAGAGCCAGUUCUGGGUCAUCCACGGCUUCUUCCUCCUCGUCUGCGUCCUCUUCGUGCUCCUCUUCCUCCAGUUCCUCGCGGGCGCGGCGCGCGACAAGCGGAAGGACCGGCGGCACCCGGCCGUGACCCUCGGCGAGGAGCGGGCCGUGGGCAACGUCAACUUCCCGCGCGUCGUCAUGUGCUCCGAGUACUGGACGGACCCGGGCCUCGACGAGGCGUGGUUCAACGGCACGUCCGCGACGUACUUCGAGGACUGGGAGUACGGCGCGCGGCCACCGGGCGAGCCCACGGAGAUCCGCUUCAUCAACGCGGCGCAGUACGGGUCCGUGUCCGGCGUCUGCCUCCUGCUCCGGCCGCGGCGCGAGCCCAUCGCGUCCGUCCACGACUGGGUGCUGCUCGACCUCCACUUCCGCCCCGACUACGACGAGUUCUGCGUCGAGUGGGCCAACGGCACGCGGCGCCUCGGCGCCAACGCCUCCGACGACGCCGCGACCCGACGGGGCGCGGCCUACGCCGCCGCGGCCCGCAACGCGUCCGCGGCGGCGGGCGAGUGCGCGCGGUACCGCGACGAGCCCAUCGCGCAGGAGUUCACGUCCCGCCUCGUGCUCGACGGCGCGAACUCACGGAGCCUCGGCGGCGGCAUGCGCGUCCCCUACAACAAGGAGACGGUCGUCUACUACGAGUACGUCAAGAAGGAGACGCUCGGCGGCGGCGUCUCCGAGACGGUGAGCUUCCGCCAGCACUCGAGCGACCUCUACUUCCUCAACAACCCCUACGGGCUGCCGCUGGCCCUCGGCGACGGCGACGCGGCGCUGAACCAGCGCGGGGCGCUCUACCGCGCGCGCGUCUGGUUCAACAUCCCCUUCGACUCCGUCGCCGUCGCGUCCGAGGUCCGCGGCGCGAACCCGCUCGCGCCGUUCGUGGUAUUCACGACGCUCUUCGCGCUGCUGAGCACGACGCGGUCCAUCUUCGAGCUCUUCGUGCACCACGCGCCGCCGCUGCGGCGCCGGUUCCUGCCGCGGCUCCACGACACGGAGGUCGCCCUCGAGAAGGAGGUGGGCCAGAUGGACGUCGUGAAGCGCGCCGUCGAGGCCGAGCACGAGGCGUGCCGCCGCCUGUCCACGCUCGUCUCGCACCACCGCGACCGCGAGGGGCCCCACGACCACGAGGGCCUGUCCACGCUCGUCUCGCACCACCGCGACUGCGAGGGGCCCCACGACCACGAGGGCCUCCACGACGACGACUCCGACGACGACUCCGACCACGACCGCCACCGCGCCUAA